CGCAUCAAAUAAAGCUCCUUCGCACAUCCACACCGCUAUUUAGGUACCUAUUAAAAAAUGUAGCCACUUGGUGUCACCCGACACCGCUACCCUAUUGUGCGCGGAUCGCAUAUUAGCCAAACAAACAGCGGCCUUGGCACAUUUACUCAUUAGUCUCGUGUAACUUGUAAGAUAGUAUUUACGCAGUCAGUAGGGGGAUGGUCCUGACAUGGGCUGCGUGCCGAGCACACCGAAGGUUCACACGGACAUAUCCUCACCAAUGGCGUGGCAAUCAGCAGUCAAAGGCGAGACGCUGGUGGCGGCGCUGGCGCGGCUCGACGACGAGAUCGCGAGCAGCGAACGCACGUACCCCGCCGCUAGGCUUGCUGUGGUAUCCGCCGAGCUUGCUAGCAUACAGGAGGAAAUUAAAACAUUCGAAGACACCACAUCUACGAUGACGAAUAAAGACAGCUACGCCAAGACGAUUCAUCAGGUUUUCGUCAGCUUGGAUAUAUACAGACGUCCAGUGCUCGCGUCAGAGAACGAAGACUUCGUGGCUAAUAUCAAUCGAAAGGAAAUGCGACGUCUGGAGCUGAGCUGGCUUCAAACACGACUGGGAGAGCUACAGCGCGAGCGCCGCACUCUACAUGCACAGAUUCUGCGCACACGCACACUUUACGCGCAGCUGCAGCAGCUACUAGAUAGCGUCUGGGCCAACACGCUGCGACCCGGCACGCCUCUCGAAGAUGCGCUAUCCCGCGCGCGCGGACUUCGAGACGCACUAGCGGCAGUUAGCGCGCGCCUUCGCGCCGCGGCGGAAUACGCUCAUGCUGCUGUGCGGUUGUUGGACGACGCGCUGCCGGCUUGGAAGCUUAGUGGCGUGGGCAAAACUGGCUGGGAGCGCACAGCCGCAUGUGCCGACGCAUGCAGACUGUUCGUUCAAGCGCGAUGCCUCGAACGUGGAGCACGACGCGUCCUUUCAGCGCCCGCAGCUCCCCGCGCCGCUCGCGCCCUGCGACUUGCGCUAGACUACGCGUUUACGGACAUUUCCCAUGACUACAAGUACCAAAGAGCUACGGAGAUAUUUGUACAGUUUAAAGAAGCGCUCGUGCAAAUGAUCAACUCCAUUCAUCAAGUGCUCCUCACAAACCUGGAGAACCUGGCGCUAGCCACGAAGGACGUAAAGGAACGUCGACGGGAACUGCGGGCCGCGAGAGUCAACGCUAUUGCUGGCAAGGGAUUGGCAGAUCUCCGGUAUGAGCCUGCUAGCUUGAAGACUGCUUUGAAUUAGGCCUGCCUGGCGUUAAAGCGUCACUUUGUCCGAUCCGACGUUUUAAGUCGUUUUCAAUAAUGUUUGGAGAAAAACAGCUGCUAGGAAAUUCGAUAUGGCAAUAUACCCUUUAUUUUGCAUUAACGCUUGAACUACAAACAACAAUUAAAUGUAUUUUAUACAAUCGUGAUAUAAUAAAGAGCUCGUCGAGUACUGUGUUUAGCCAACGAAGCUUGUUGAGUUGCCUAAGUAAGGUACGAGAUUGAAAAGCUUGAUUAUAUCACUAUUGUAUACAAUACUUUUUCUACGAGUCAUCUAAAUCAAUACUUUUUUUACUAUAAAACCUAAAUAAUUAAUGAAAAUUGGUAAGUAUCUCAUUAGACAAAAAUGUACUGCAAAAGACGCAAGUAGCGCCCCGCGCCCGUUUAGUCUUUUCUAUGGGGGCAUGGCGGGACGCGAUUGUCAAUUUUUUUUAAUAGUUGACUACAGCGUAUUGAAAUGAAUCUUAUAGUUGAAUUGGGAGUCCAUGCAUGAAAAGUAGGUACGCAAUUAUAGUUUGGUAUACGAAAUCUUAAUUCAACCAUUACAGUCGAUGAGUAGAAAAAUAAACAUUUCACUUUUUGUUUCUUGGUCUAUCCGACAUCCGAUAUCGAAUCGGACAAUGUGAAAAUGUUCUUAAAAAUUCAACUGAUUGCUUGCAUCAAAUCCAGUAAGGUUUUUUAUUAUUACAACUUAGAUAUAAAAAAAGUAUAUGCUUAUGCUCAUUUGCAUUGUUGGUAAAUGCAAAUGAGGCAUAAGCGUCAGCCACUCGGCUCUAAGAAAUUAAUUUAUAAGAUAGUAUACUUAAGCAUAAUAUCAACCGGCAACGGCUGAAAGCAAAGAGAUACUUAUUGUAGAAGAGUUUAAAAGUGCUUCGACUUUGACACCUGAUGUAGAUGGCGCCACCCUGUAGAUUAUACGGUACUGAGUAGCACACGGUAACUCUGUCUGUCAAAAGUUGAAGUUUUAUAGUCCCACGUACCGUACAGAGCCAUCUAUUACUUCCAUCAAACUCAGGGCACGCAUUUUCGACUCUACGACGAAUGGCUCAGUUUCAUUGGUCGAUGACUCAGUCCAUAUGAAGCGCGCGGGGCCUCCCCGCAGACGGUAUAACGAUUAGUGAAACUCAUAAGUCGAUAGUUCGGUCGAUAUACAGCAUGCGGGUGACUCCCUGCAGGCGUAAGGUGGUAUAACGACUAGUGAAACUAAUAAUGGCAAGCGUUUUGGAAAUUUCCCGCACCCCGCAUACAGCGACCAAUGAAAACAGUUCCCCAAAUGCGGGCCCUAUGGCAUGCUUUAUGAAAAUUUCCCACACCCCGCACGCGAGCCCUAUCGACCAAUGAAACUGAGCCAGAAGGGUUGGAAGUAAAAUUAUUUUUAUAAUAUUUAAAGGUGAUUGUUU